GUCGCUGCAGAGGGCCGAGAGAGCGUGUCUCCUGCGGAACACAGCUGGCACGGACCGUCAAGAUGUAAGCUGUCGGGCAGAGAACGCGUGUGUGACGGUACGCCGCUGGCCCAGGCCGAGAGAACGUUCUUCCACGAGGAAGAGGAAGAAGAAGAAGAAGAACAGGAGAGACACGACGAUCAAACGGGCCGAUCCGGGAGGAUGGAGUAGAGCGGGAACCAGGGAUCGAUUGCUUCCCGAUUGUUGGCAUGGAGGACACGACACUGGGCAUCAUCGAGGGCUGAGCUAUCGAAAAAUAUGGCGUCAGGAAUACCGAGCGUUCAUCAGAGGAAGCUUGGACCAGCGCCGAUAGCAUCCUUCGAAGACCUGUCCGACGAGGUGGAAAACGGGGAACCGGCUGCGCGAAUGCCAGGCAUCGUCGAGGUCACCACGCCGGCAACGCCUGGUAGUUCGCUUAAGACACCCAGCACGCCGAGAAUUGACAUCAGCAGGGCGAGCAGUUCCUCCCACCAUGAGGACAGUAACUCCAGGGAUUCCACGCCCGAGAGGGAACUCCUCGCAGGCGGGGAACCUCCACCCGGAUGCAAGCUGACUCUGGGCUACAAAGAGGACGCCCAGGAUCUGAGAUCGUCGACGGAGGAGCUCGACCUGCAAGAUCCGAUUCACGAGCAAGAUCUGAAGAGGGAAUCGAAGAAAUUGGCCAAAAGGCGGAAGGAGGAUGGUUCUCUGUCCGACUACAGCGGCAAACAAUUGGACAGGGAGCGCAAGGACAGCAAUUGUUCAGAGAUUGUCCUGCUGAACAUCAGCGGCAGAACGUCCAGGCUCUCCUCGGUUGGUAGCCAAGGUUCGGGGGCGUCCGGCAAGCUCUCCGUCGUGUCGGCCACGUCGUCCAGGUCACCGAGCCCGCACAAAUGCCUGCUGGAAACGUCGUUCUGCGGGAGCAAGCCGACAUUGGCCGAUAACCUGAUAGAACCGUCGAAGCCGGAGACGGACGACCUGGAGAAGAUCCUGUUGAAACGGGAGGCGGACACCACGAAAGCGUUAAUCCCUGAGAGCAUAAAGGUGUCGAUGGUGGAUGGAAAUUUGAAGCCAGAUCCGUUGGACAAACCGAGGAGGCGGGGGCGAGAGGAGAGGAAGGAGAUUUUUAAAAGAGAAGUGGAAAUAACCAAGAGAUUUCUCGAGAAGGUCAAUAUACAGGUGCCAGUUGUGAAGAGACAAGAGAAUACAACAACGACUGAGCAACAACAACAACAACUGAGAAGUCAACAGAUGCAAGAGGUACAGAAACCGGCCACCCUGGACUUCAACGACAAGAGGAAAAAGGCGCAGAACUUCAAGGAGAUAGUGCAAACAACGCCGACGACGAGCAGCGUGACCGGCAGCCCAAAGUUGGCCAGGCAUCAGAAAGUGCGCGACCUAGAGGGAUCCCGUACACCCAGCCCGUCCUCCGUUUCGAGAAAGAGCAGUUUCACCUCCCUGUUCAAGGCCCGCACAGACAGCAGUGUGUUGAGCCCAGAAUCACCGUCGCCCAGCACCAAGCCCCGCCGUAGCUUGACGUCCAAGAUCAAGGACACGACCGAGAGUCUGCGCAGCAGGUCCAAGUCGAGGGACCGGGUCACCCCCCCGGGUGGUGAGAAAGGGCUGAGAAAGGAGGCGAGGAACAAGGGGGUGUUCUCGUCCACUCUGAGCUUGUUCAAGAAACGCGAGCGCAAGAAAAGUUACGACGAGGCGAUCGCCGCCUCCUGCACCACCUCCGCCUCCACCUCGGCCGAGCUCAACCCCCCCUCGGUCGAGAGCAUCGGCCACGUCGAGUUCCGGUUCAACGCGGACAAGGAGGGGGGGCGCAAGGACGACUCGAUCUUCAUAAGCUUGCACGCAGACGACAGGAACUACGAGGAGGCACUCCCCUCGGAGAGCGUCUCGAUACCGCUGGAAACGCCCACGAAACUGUUGGACGAGUACGAGUCCGAGCCUCGCACGGGGAGCAUCGUGACCGAGGUGUCGAUCGAGCAUUACCCCCCACCCCCGUCCUCCUCCUCCUCCUCCUCGUCGAGGAUAAAGACCGAGGCGUUGAUCGAGAUAUCCUCGAGGAUACCGCGGAGCGGGUCCAAGGAGUCCGAGAUAUCGAGGAGCUCGUCCAAGGACUCGAAGCUGAGCGGCCACGGGAAAGGGGAGGUUGGGGUGAGGUCGUCCGCGGAGGGGAAACCUUCCUCGGAGCACCGGGUGUCCAGCAGCUCGUCCAGAGACUCGAUAGGAGGGAGGAGAGACGCGACGACGAAGCCGAAGAGGAGGAGCAAAGAGGCGCAGGAGAGAAGGGACGAGGAGAUCCCCUCGUCGAGGCAAGUAAGGGAGGAGGUUAGAAGGGCGGAGUUGUUGGACGAGGGAACGCUGAAGAUCGCGGAUCAGGAGCUGGCGAAGACGCCGAGCGUGAUCUCCGACCUGGAUCGCAACAGCUCGGAGUCGGAGAGGGACUCGGAGAUCGAGUUUAUCAGGAACAAGGUCGAGAAGCUUGCCGAGGAACUGCCGGACGAGAGGAAGGGCCUGUUCUACGAGGAGAGUUUCGAGGAGGAUCUCCCCUAUAUCCCGACCACCCUCCCCUUGGAGAAAAGCGUGGCUGUGCCGAUCCUGCCCGUGAAGCAACGACUUCAGGAAGUAAGGACUAUACCGAUCGAGAGGCCGCGCUCCACGACGCCGAUAAACCCGACGCUGCUCGACGAGUUCGUGAUGCAGACUUCCCUGGACGAGCGUCGAGUGGAGAAGAUGAAGAUAUCGCUGCCCAGGGAGGAAAGUUUCAAGCUGAAGAGCCCGAGGAAGCACGCGGCGAACACGUUCAUGGAGUUCGCCGGCAAGGUGCCCGACGGGGGCCGGAAAACCGCGGGCAAGUCGCCGAGUCCUCCUCCACUGCCACCGAGGGCCACGGCCAGGCCGAGCAAUUGGAUCAAUUUCGAGGAGAUACCGGAGAAGAGGAAAGCGCCGAAAAGGAUCCAGACGAUCCCUCGGCCCGAAGACGAGGUGAAAUCAGAUGGAUACAGUUACGUUCAACCGGAGGAAUGCAGGUGCGAGUGCCACGAAGAGUCGCGGCGAGCGUCGAUGAAAGAGGCGGCUGCCAGCGCGACGAGGGCAUCGUCCUCGUGCAGCAGCAACGGGGAACGCGCUUGCAACGGUGACAACUGUACGGUGCCUACGUCGACGUCACUGGACCGUGCCAGUAUCGUCAGGUUUGUUUCUGUACUUUCAGUGACAGCUCGUUGGAGUAUAGCCUGAGCAUCGAGGAGAACAACGCUGCGCAACCGUUAUCGGCGAAGCCGUUCAGCAUUGAUCUGGACGUUAGGUCGAAUCGGUCCAGUAUCGUAUCCCAGGACGAGACUGACGAGACCCUGCACCAAUAAUAGUUUUCUUCACGCCUCGCCUUAUUCAUCCUCUCGUUAAUCGGAACAGAAGAUUCUCUCCUUGUUGGAACUGUCUGCACCUUUAGCCGGCCCCGAAUCUCCAAAGCGUCGUCGAUAACGAAUCACUCUUCUUUCGUUUUCUUUUUCCCCGUUGAACCUCUUGUCUCGCGAUUCUAUGCGUCAAAGUUUAACUGCAAUCAGUUGUAUUUAAUUGUGUCCAAUCAAAAAAGACAGAGUAAUUCGUUAUUCGACGAAAUUAAUCGUAUCGUGUCAAGUGCGUACGAAAAUGGAGCUCUUAUUAUAACCGAGAUAUCCGAAACAUUGUAACUCGAGUUUUCUUUCACGAUUGUCAAAUACGAAGCAUUGAAUUCAAUUCGAAGAGACCAAAUUUAAACGAAGAUUUAUUCACAACCGAGUUUUCAAAUCGAAGUUCGGAUGCUCGAUAAUAAGAGCUCUAAAAUUAGAGUGUUUUAUAUAUAUAUAUAUAUUGUGUAAUCGUUCCGAUUUUCCUCGACUUUUCUCGUCGUUGUCUACGAGCCUGUCGUCCUUGUUUGUAAUCAGCCAGUUAUCGAACAUCGAACGUCAAUGCUAAUUUUUUAAUCGCGCUUCGUAGCCGAUUUUACGAAAAGAAAAAAAAACGCGAAUAUGUCACGAACGCGAGCACACACACACACAUUUGUACAUAACCUGUAUAACGAUUUCGAGAACAUUUUAAUCUAAGGGCGUAACUCGCGCGAGAACUCGUUCGUUCUUUCGUUACUGGUUCCCUCGUCGCGCAUCGAUCCUUGAAAAGCGAGGAGAAAAGAACGAUGCUUUGCGCGCGUGACGUUUGACCAAAUGCUUCCUUGCGAGAAACGUGUACGAGCACGGGAGAUCGAAUCGCGGACGAUGAUUCGUGAGAGAGAAUCAAUUCCUCGGUUUUUUUCGAAGCUUCCUCCAUCGAAAUUAAAAGUCGAAAAGCUUCGCGCUAGAAAAAGGGAAGAAGAUUAGUGGAUAGUUUAUUAACGAUCGCGUUUAGAUCGUCUUGAAAGUAUAUGAUAUAUAAUAGCGAGUAAUAACGCGUUCAAAUAUUUUUGCGACCAAUCGUAGACAUUGUACCUCGAAGCCCGUAAUAUGUGUGUUCUCGAAUAUCAUUGGCAAACUUCGUGGCAGCGAGCUCCUUUCCAGACCGAUAAAGAGAAGAGUAAUUUUAUCGAUCGUCUGGUGUAAGAAAAAGGAAAGAGAAGGAAAAGGAGCGUGCCACGAAGAGAGCUUACUUUCGAUUCUUCAUAUCAUGUAGAUAAAUUUAGAUGUAUAAGUGCCACGAAUGUAGAGAAUCGUAGAUAAUUAGAGAAAUUAUAAGAAUGAUUGUUACGUCAAAUCGAUCGAUUUUCGCGUAUACGCGUUACGUUCUAUUAAAAUAGAGUCAAUCGCGUAUACGCGAAAAUCAAGGAAAAUUUGAUUGGACGCAUGUGAUGCGCAUCGUCGAAAGAUCAUUCUCUCAGUAUUAUUAUACGCGUGGAUAAUUGUGAUUGCGUGUAUGCGUGCAUAUCAUAUUCCAUACCAUGUUCAUCAAAAUUAAUUUUUAUUUAAUCCCUCGGAUUCUAUCGAGCUUCGAAAAUGUGAAUAUUGUCCACGGUCAUCGUUCGCGAAAGAGAAAUGGCAAAAUCGAUCUCCCGGAAUAUCGAGCCGACGGGUAUAAAUAGCAAAGAUGUUAGACGCUUAUAAUCACGACAAAAAUCAAACGAUCGUAACCGUACAGAAUCGAUCCGAUUGCGUUCCGUUCAAGUGCUUCGAUUGCUGCUGCUUCGUCUCGCGUCACUGGAAUAACGAUCAUUCUUUAUUUCGAGUCUGAAAUUAUGUGAUAGCUUAACUGAAUUGUUUUGCAACUAUUUCAAUCACUUAGGCUUCCCAAUCGAUCAAUGUUUCCUUUUAUCUAUUUCGUUUAAAUUGCUUUUUGCUUUUAAAUCGAGUAUGGAUUUUUCGGAAAAUAAGUAUAAGCGGAAAGAUUCUGUUUCUGUGAAAGUCAAAUCGAAAAGUACAAGAUAAUAGAGAUAAUUAUAACGUUGUUCGAUCCUUAAUGUUAAUUGAUAAGAAAGAAUCUUAUCGAUUGAUCUUGCGAUAUAUCACAAUUUAGAGUGAAUAACGAUUCGAUAAUAAGAACAAUAGUCAAAAAAAAAAAAAAUGAAAAGAAGAUGAAAGAAAAAAGUUCAAUUUUUUUUUUUUUUUUUUGCAUCGUUAUUCGACGAUUAAUUGAAUCAUCGGCAAGAAUCAAUUAGCUAGACUGAUCGAUUAUCGAAUUAAAUUAUUAUAUCGAUUAUAUUUAUAUAUAUAUAUAUAUAUUAUAUUAAUCGAUAAAUCGAAUUAGCGAUAAUAUCGAAGAUCGAUGAACCGCUUUUAUAUCGCUUCUUCCGUUUUAAUGGAAGGGGGAAAAAAAGGUAGGAAAGAAUGUAAAGGUUAUUGAAGAAAAAGAUUCUUACGAAAAAUAUCUCCUCUUCGAUAUUCUUUAGCAAUACACAUCACUAUUCAUAAUUAUACUUUUUAAAAUAUGUUACGAAAUGAUAUGAAAAUAAUUCGAUAUUUCUAAAAAUUGCGUGAAUAAUGAAUUAGAAAAGAAAUGCAUAUCGCGGAAAAGCAUAAGAGAAUGAGGUUAAAAUCAAACGAAAUGAAAGAAAUAAAAGAGAGAUAGAAAGAAUGAGUGAGAAGCGAAAGAAGACGGAGAAAGAGAAUAAAAAAGGUUUUGCGUUUUAA